UGGAAAUGAUCUAUAUUUAUUACCCCGGAACCGGAAAAUCAAAACAUAAGACUCAUCAACCUUUUUGGAAUAGUCGACUUUACGACGAGGGGAAUCCAUUCUACGUCAUCAUUAUAUUACGACGACUGCUGAAAAAUACUACGGAGAAAUGGAAGGUGGUCCCACAAAAUCCGAUAUUCAGAUGAUUUUCAAGCGUCUACGUUCGAUUACAACGAAUAAAACAUGCUUUGACUGCAGUUGUAAAAACCCAACCUGGGCUAGUGUCACAUAUGGUGUAUUCCUCUGUAUAGAUUGUUCAGCCACCCACAGAUCACUCGGUGUUCAUUUAACAUUUAUCAGAUCAACUCAAUUAGAUACGUCAUGGACAUGGCCUCAGUUACGUGCAAUGCAAGUUGGAGGCAAUGCAAAUGCAGUCGCUUACUUCAGACAGCAUGGAGCUUCGACCAAUGACGCUCAAGCUAAGUACAAUAGCAGAGCAGCCACGCUCUACAAGUCAAAGAUCAAGGAACUCGUAGCAGCCGCCAUUAGAAAAUAUGGCAAAGAGCUUCAUCUUGAGGACUUUGUUCAGUCGCCUCAGCAGAAGGAAGUAGAUUUCUUUGAGGAGCAUGCCGAUGAAGCGCCCUCUAACAUCACACCCAUCCCUGCAGGUACAAGCAAUGGCAGGUUAUCAAGCAAUCCAGAACCGGUCAAAGUUCCUGCACCAUCAGCCUCUCCAAAACCAGCCCCCGAAGAAUCAGUAGGUGCACCUAACGUUGAAGCCGCUCUCAGUACGUCGCCCUCUCAGGUCAAAGUAGAACCAAGGAAACCCACUAUAGGACAGAGGAAACCUGCAAGCGCAAAGAAAGGGCUUGGAGUGAGGAAAGGCAAAGGACUUGGAGCUCAGAAGGUCAAAGCAAACUUUGAUGAUAUAGAAUCUCAGGCUCAGCAACAGGAUAAGAUGAGGGAGGAGAACGCUAAGAUGGUGGAGCUUCAGAAAGCCAAGACAAAAGAAGAGGAAGAAGCCAGGAUGGCAUCCAUGCGUCUUGCCUACAAAGACAUGUCAGUCGAGAUGAAGAAACAGGAGGAAAAAUUGAAGAAAGAAAAUCCAAACAAAGCCAAACAAAUGGAACGCCUUGGAAUGGGUUAUACUGGUAGAGGUGGAGUUUCACAUUCAGCCAUGAACGAUAUGCAGACCAUUGAACAGGUCAACCCGGUCAAAUCAGGCGGUGGCAGCAGUCGGUCAAGAUCUAGGGAUUUCUUUGAUGAUUUUGACUCUGGCUUUUCACGUAGUUCAUCUUCUUCCUCAUCGAGAGGUUUCAAGGAUUCCAGCACUGCCUCAUUCUGGGAUGACAAAGACGAGAAGAAAACAGAUUCCAGCUGGGAUAUUAUCGACAAGAGUGAGACGAGACAAAGCAGUUACGACAGUAUCGCCCCUUUAGAAUCAAGGACCAAAUCCACGCCCAGAAAGACGGAGUAUGACUCUGGAGCGUCGUCAGGCGAAGCCUUGAAGCGUUUCGCGAACGCAAAGAGCAUCUCAUCAGACCAAUUCUUCGACCAGGAGAAGAAUGCUGAUCAUGAGAACCAGUCUGGCCGGUUCUCAAACUCGCAAUCCAUAUCAAGCGACGACUUCUUCGGGAGGCCAGCGACGAGGGGGCCCUCCGGGGCUGAUCUGGGGGCCAUAAAGGACGGCAUGAAGGACGGCGUCAAUCAGGUCGCCGGCAAGCUGUCCCGUAUGGCCAACGGGCUCGUCAACUCUAUACAGGAUCAUUAUGGAUAUUGAUAACAACAUGUCUAGUAUAGUAUACCCCAUCCAAGUGUCUUUAUGCUCCAUUCAAAACCAGAUAAUCAUAAGGGAUCAUCAACAGAAAUCUCCAACCCACACCAAGUCCUCUAAACACAAAGCCUAGCGACUGGUCUUACAGUUAAUUUUUAUGACUAAUUGCACAUAACAAUCAAUUAUGUAAGUUGUAAAAAUUAGCCAUAUUAUCAAUUGCCAAGUUUUGUGUCAUCUGGGCCCAGGACUUGUGAAACAUUUGUUAAUUUAUUCAUCUGAUGUAAAUGUGGGCGGACGAAGGCCAUCAAUACCAAUCUUGUAAAAUCUAUCCAGGCGCACACCAGGGGGAGCAUUUCAUGAAACAGAGAGUGUUAUAAGCAACAGAGAGUGUUAUAAGCUACUGAAAUCCUUGCAUCUGAUUGGCUCAGAACGAAUUUGUCAGUGGAAAUCACCAACAAGGUGCCGCAUGAAACAGUCCCCGGAUCCCAGUUCAAGGAUAUUCUCUUAUAGCUUGUAAGAUGGACUGAUGCUACUACAUAACAUCUCUGCACGAAAGUAAAUGCUUUGCUGGCCAUUCACAAAUGAUAGAUUGGCCAACUUCACCGUAGAUGAUUUCAUGAACUCAGAACAGACCUAAUGAUUGAAGAAUUUACUCCAAGCUGCAAUUUUGUCCUAUUUUUGAUAGUUAUUUAUUCAAGUUCAUUUUAAAGUCAUUCAAUGUUCUUCCAAGUUGUAUGAAUUAUUCAUAUUUAUUAAUGUAUGAAUUAUUCAUGUCUAUUAAUGUAUGAAUAUUCAUAUUUAUUAAUAUAUGAAUUAUUCAUAUUUAUUGAUGUCCUUAUAAAAUCAUGGUGGAGGGAUUUGAUAGCAGACUAAUAUUUUCUUAGUACACCCAUUCUCAUAUUCCGUAUUUAAAACUUAUUCCAUCUUUUAAGAGUUAUUAGCGAAAUACCAUUGCUAUGGUACUUUAACUUUUCAGGGGAUGAAUCAUGACACAAAUGUCUUUGGUCUUUUCCUUCUAGCAACUCUUGUAAAGUUCGAUAAUUGAUGCACGUCUGUCAUUACUAGGCAUUUGUAUGUUCUGACUUUCCACAUGUAAAAUCAACACUGCAUCCUUACACUCUAAUUAGCUUGUACAUUAUUCAUUUUCCACACACUCAAUUGAGCUUGUAUAUUGUUAAUUUUCCACUAUCGUCUAACAUCUCUAGCAUGGUUAUAUGAUUUUUUUUUUCAUAUUUGUCAAACAGUGUUUGACUGCUUGUUUUACGUUAACCUUUUAUCUGUAAUAACUUUUCUCGAGUUAAAGCAAUAUUAUCAUAUUUCAUGGAGACUUUGAUACUAUUCGGGUGCUUGUUCCACCCAACUGGAAAGAGUCUUAACAAGCAGUAUGCACAAUAUGCAAUGUGUUGUACAUUCCACACAUUGCCUCAUAUGGUAAAGUCAGUAGAGUUAGCUGGUUCCACUGACUGAUGUAAUUCUAUUACAUUUAUUCAUGAUUGUGGGAUCAGCAAAUUAUAAUCCUCUUCCCAUGAAAAAUGAGGAUAUAUGGUUUCAAGGUUAGGUAUCCUCACACUUUAGUAACAGGGUAUAACAUCUUCUCCUCUUAACCAAAUGUUUGCACCAUUCAUGCUCAUCAAAUUUUGUUGGUUUCACUCUACCUUAAAUUGCCUGUCAGUCUGGGCCGUGUCUUACAAAGAAUUAUAAUUGAUUCAAUUCAAAUUCAAUUUGUGAUUGAUCUGGAAUUCUUAUCUCUUAACUACACAAAUUAAGAUCAAUUGAAAUUUAUUUAUGUCAACUCUUUAUGUGCCUGGUACGAAAAGAUAAAAUUAAACAUAACAUUGAGUCUUUUGCAGACUAACGGUAUGUUCAAGAGUUGUAAUCAGGGCUGAAGGUACGGUAGAAUAUGCAAAAUGAUACAAAAUUAUUACUGGUAAUUAGAACUCAAAGCAGCAGCUGGUUAUCAGUGAUAUGAUAAUAGCGUUGAUCUCAUUCUCUAUCUGUAGCUUAAUCAUUCUUAUAUGAUUCUAGUCAAAACUUUCUUAUGAUGGAUUGUUUGUAGAUUAAUCUUGGAUUUUAUUAAUAUAUUUCAUUCAAUAUCAAAUACUUGAUGACUGUUAGAUGCCUUAUUUCAAUUGAAUUCCUAUUUAACGCUUAGAU